UUAAGUCCUUCGUCGAGUGCGUGUGUGUAUAUCUAGUGCUUGUGUGUGUUUUCUUUGUUAUUACAGUAUGGAGUCGCCUAGCUUUGAUACGAAGGACUUCAUUAACAUAAUUGACAUAAGAACCGCCGAGGACGUGGUUGAUUUUUUGAUAAACAAGUGUGCGUUCUCUCAACUAAGUUACGACGACCAAAUCUACGUUGUCAAGGAAUUGAGCCGUCCAGUGCCGAAUUUGCCGUCCUUAACGAACACGGGUCAAAAGAACCGCGCUUUUAAUACGUCGUGGUACGACAAAUUUGAUUGGCUGACGGGAAGUACAGUCACCAACAAAUUGUACUGUUGGCCGUGCAUCCUAUUUUCGAACAGUGGCGUAGAUGUGUGGCAUAAAUGGGGCUAUUGUGAUUUGAAGAACCUGUCCCGCGCCCUAAAUUCACACAGCAAAAGCACCGACCACAUCCACUCGAAUUGUAGGCUAUUAAUUAUGCGUAAACAGCAGCAAAAUGUUGCUACAAUGGACGUGGCACGUGAGAAAGAAAUCGAAGAUUUUAAUGGUAGAGUUAAAGAAAAUCGGGCUAUUAUUAAAAGUUUACUAGAUGUCGCUUUGCAUCUUUGCACGCAAGAGUACCCUGACUCACUGAGUGGCGGGAAUUUCAAACAACUCGUUACGUUGCUCAGCAAGUACGACUCAAACUUGCGUCAAUUUUUAGAAAAGGACGGCGACCCCAAGUCGUUUUUUUCUGGGACUUUAGACACCAUCCAGAAUGAGUUAAUUGAUUCUAUUGCCUCAGCUAUGAAUGAAACAGUGGAGGGCGAAAUUUCGGAGUCACUAUUUUUUUCUUAUCAAAUUAAUGAGGUCAGUGAUUAUCAGUUGUCGAUUAUUCUUCGUUACAUUUACAGGGGACAACCAGUUGAGCGCUUCAUGGGCUUUUACAACGUUACCCAGGGUUGGACUGCUGAACAUUUAUACCAGUUUUUACAGGCAACAUUCGGCAAAUUAGAUUUACAAAACAAAUUAGUUGCCCAGACGUACGAUGGCGCUGCUGUAUCGGGGGAAUUAAACAGUGUGCAAGCUAAAAUUAAAUCAGUUGCUCCCCAAGCAAUACUAACUCAUAGUUAUGCUCAGGAGUUUGAUCUGGUCUUGACUGAAGCUUGCACCUCGAAUCAAGUGGUCAGAAUAUUUUUUGCCUCUCUCGCAGGUUUUUCCUUGUACUUUGCCGAAUCUACCAGACGCACCCAAGUACUGGAUGAAGUUUGUGGAGGUACUACUCCUUGGAAUUUUUCUUCUGGGGCCGUUUUAAUGGUGUACAACAACAAAGAUAAACUGUUACAAGUUUUUGAGCACAUAAUAAACAAUAAAGAGUUCGAUGACGCCUCUAUCCGAGGGGCGGUGGGUUUACGAAACUUCUUGGAGGACAACCAAAGGCUGAAAAUGGUGGUGGUUCAUAGCAGUUCAUUGGUGAUUCUAAUAGACUCAGACAACACAGUGAACGUUAGGAUAAUUCACCUGAAAGGCAUAAAGAAUCUUUUUUAAGACUCGUGUGACGUUCACGUCUGUGAAAUGGAUAGUUUGGAACUGGACAGUUUGGUUAACCCACUCUUUCCAAGUGUCACAUUCUGAAUGGUCAUUAGAGGAGAAACAUCUUUCUGCCAAUUUGGUUCCUACCUCGUUGAAGUUUGGAAGUACAUUGGAUGUUGCUGAUGUUCAAUGGUGUCCUUCGUGAUCAUUGAAGUCAUUUUGUUCAUGUUGGAAAGGAUAAUGGGAGAUUGGGAAAUUGAGAGACUCACAACAUCACCACUCCGAAUCAUUUUGGGCAGAUUCACCAACCUUCUUCGAUUUCAUCGGCAAACAAUGGACUGGUAACUCAAAUAAAAUUAGAACAAUUGUAUCGUAUUGCUCACUAUGAACUGGUAAUGGACGUGUGGACAGCUAUUAUAUAUUAGAAACCACAUGUAUAUAGUUUUAACCAUUUACUUUAUAAAGUAUUCGUAAUUUGUUUAUAUUUAUCUUUAUUGUAUUAUGUUUAUGUUUAAUUUUAAUGAAUCACUGUAAAAAAAGGAAUGAUUCUUUUUGAAUUGGGAAUAUAUUCUAAUAGACCUAAAGUCAAAAGAUUCUUUAAUUAGAUGAUAACUGGUUGUUUAUGGGUUUUUAAAGUAAAGCUGUUUAUAGAAAUUUGAAUUUAAAUGAAUUACUAUAGUUUGGGUCUAUUGGCAUAAGUACCCCGAAGUAAGGCGUAUACUUUAAAAGGAUAGAAGUGGAUGUCUGGUGGUAAUAAUAAAAGGGGCGAAUUAUGAAGCCUCAAUACUAUAUAACACAACAAUAGUAAAUUAAUAUUAUUUUAACAAUAAAUAAAAGAAUUUUGUCUAAAACAUUUAACAUUUUAAAAAGUAACUAUCAUGAUGACGAAUAUUGUAUGUAGAAUCAAUUUGUCAAUUUUUUUGAUGAAAUUUAUUACAUUUUUACGACUUUAUUAUUAAAUUAUUUUUUUAUUAUUUAUUCCUAAGUCCAUCUCUGAAGAGACGAGAGUAAUUUCCAUAGUACGGUCCUGUCCU